AUGUGGGUUGCGCAGAACGCGACGAGCCAGCGGCAGAAGCAGAGAUCAGCGUCGCCCUUGCAGCGUCUGAAGCAGGAGAAGCAUUCACUGGAGGCACAUCAGCGGCAGCAGCAGCAGCAGCUGAUGCAGCGUCGUCAGAAUUCGGAAGACAAGGCGCAGCACACACAGCGGCAGCCCGCGCAACAGUCUGAGAAACAGCAGCAACAGCAGCAGCAGCAGCAGCAGCAGCAGCAGCAGCAAGCGUUCCUGUCAGACUCCAUUCCAGGGUCCACAUACCUUCAGCCACAGCCGCCCUCCCUCGCAGAGACCAGGGCAGCAGCAGGAGAGGCGGAUAUUCUGGGGAUUUCCACAUUUUCCACGCAGCCUAACGGCGACCUGUUCAUCACCGGCGGACCUAGCAGCUCCGCGCUCAUGGCCCCCGCGGGUUCCGCGCUUAUGGGCCCCGCUGGUUCCGCGCUCAUGGGCCCCGCGGGUUCCGCGCUCAUGUGCCCCGAUUCCCCCAACUUCGUCUCGCUGUUAUCCAUGUUCUCCUCGCCCCACCCGCUCAGCUGCGCGGGGUCGCUCGCGGACGGGCAGGAGGGGAACGAGCAGCAGGAGGAUUCCAAGGCUGGGGUGCUGGUCAGGGGCGUGGGGAGCGGGGGGGGGGGGAUGGGGAGGGGGAAGGGGCGCGGGCGGGAGAGGAGGCGCGGGGCAGCUGGUGUGCGCGCCGCCGAGGAAUGUGCUGCAGGUGGCGGGAAGCGGGCGCGCGGAGAGGGUUCCGGGGCUGCGGGUGCGGAUAGAGAAGGCGCUGAGAAGCCUCUGUCAGGUGUGUGCGCAGUGGGGGAAAGAGCUGGUGGUUUGGGGGAAAGCAGGCGGGGGUGGGUCGCGCGGGGAUCUGCUGGCGCAGGUGUGGUUCCCCACGUGGCACUCUCCUUCUCCCCCCUCCCCACGCUCAUUCUCAAUUUCUCUCCCGUCACCACCUCAAUCCCCCCAACCCUAACACCACAGUCGCGCGGUGACCUGCUGGCGCAAGUGUGGUUCCCCACGUGGCACGAGGGUCAGCGUGUGCUGAGCACGCGCGAGCAGCCGUUUGUGCUCAUGGAGGGCAGCGAGAAGCUGCGCGUCUACCGCACCAUCUCCACCAACUACACAUUCCCCUUGUUCGGUGGGGGGUAUCUGGGCCUUCCGGGCCAAGCCGGGUCUUUGUGUCCGUGCUACUCGCAGAAUGAGUACCUCCGACUGGCGCACGCCACACCUGACUCCCCCCCGCCCCCCGCCAUCCCCGCUUUCCCCUUGUUCUGCUCUCCCCGAUCCCCCAACAAACUCCCCAGCUACACAUUCCCCUUGUCUGGAAGCGGGUACCUGGGCUUACCGGGCCGUGUGUUUGUGUCGGGUCGCCCCGAGUGGACGCCCAACGUGCAUUAUACCUUUCCCUUGUCGGGCAGCGGUUAUCUAGGCCUACCAGGCCGGGUGUUUGUGUCAGGUCGACCUGAGUGGACGCCCAACGUGCACUACACAUUCCCCUUGUCUGGCAGCGGGUACCUGGGCCUACCAGGGCGCGUCUUCGUAUCAGGUCGCCCCGAGUGGACGCCCAACGUGCAGUACUACUCGCGGGACGAGUACCUCCGAGUGGCCCACGCCACUCGCUGCAACGUGCGCGGGGCUCUCGCCGUGCCGAUUUUCAGGAUCGAUGCCGUGUGCAACGCACUGCAGGUGAGAUUGAGGAUGGUGCAAUGCGGUGCAGAGUGGUGCAUGUGGUUUGGAUCGUGCAAACAACAGGGAGCGGUGGUGGAGCUGGUGAUGAUGGGGGAGGAUGUGCGGUUCGGGCCACAGAUUGAUGCCGUGUGCAACGCGCUGCAGGUGAGAGUUAGGGUGGGGUGCGGUGCAGAGGGAGGGAUGGAUGAGGAUGAGCGGGAAUCUGGGACGGUGGACCUGACCAGCAUUCGUGCAUGGGACCAUCUUCCAGCAGAGAUGCCCUUCCCGGGCCGGGGGGCAGUGUUAACCGAGAUACACGAGGUGCUCUCCUCGCUCUGCGACAAGCACUCGCUGCCCCUCGCCCAGACCUGGAUCCCCUCCUCCUGGGUCCGCCUCUCCGAACCUCCCGCCGCACCUGCCGCUGCCGAACCUGCGGCUCGGGGGUGCGCGGGGCCUGUAGGGGCGAGCAUGCGGAGUGUAGGGGUGGGGUUCACAAUGAGACGAGAGGGGGCCGGGUGGGGGAAGGAGGGAGUGGACGUGGGGAGCUUACAGCAAGACGUGUUUGAAGUGUUUCCGGUGGGGGGAGAGGGGAGCGGAGGAGGAGGAGGGGGGAGGGGAGGGGUGGGAGGAGGAGACGGGGAGGAGGAGCAGGGAGGGGAGCAGCAGGGAGGAGAGGAGCAGGGAGAGGAGGAGCAAGGCGAGGAGGACGCAGUGACACUCUUCACAGCAGACAUGCCGAGCUGCGUGGCAGACCUCCGCAUGUGGGGGUUCCGCCAGGCGUGCUGCGAGCACCAGCUGCAGGCCGCACAGGGCUGCCCCGGCCGCGCUAUGACCUCCAACGCCCCUGCUUUCUGCGACGAUCUGCAGCUUCUCACCAAGGAGCAGUACCCUCUCGUGCACUACGCGCGCAUGUUUGGGCUCCGAGCGGCUGUUGCCAUCCGGUUAAGAUCGGUUCUGAGUAAAAACAUGGACUACGUUUUGGAGUUUUUUCUCCCGCCGGGGUGUAGGGAGAAGGAGGAGCAGCAGCGGUUGUUGACGCAGCUGUCUCAGAGCAUGCAGGAGGCGUGUCGGAGCCUCAGGACGGUUACUGUGGAGGAGAUGGCGAGGAGUAGGUCCGGGAGUAGGUCUGGGAAGAGUGGGGGUAGUCGAGGGACAAGGUCAGGCUCGGGGACGGGAGGUGCGGGGGCGGGAGGCUCGGUGGCCGGUGGGUCGGUGAUGGGAGGUGGCGGGGGGGAGAUGAGAGGGGGAGCGUGGGGGGGGGGGAAGGGGAAGGGGGUGGUAGGGGAAGGGGUGUCGGAGGGAGUUAGUGUGGUGAGGGGUGUGGGGGGGAAGGGAGCGAGGGAGGGGGGGGAGACGCCAGAGAAAAGAGGUAGGGAGGUGAAGAGGAGGCGAGUGGAGGAACGAGGGGAGGGGGAAGAAGCGAGGGUGUGUGAGGGCAUGGGUGCUGGUAUGCGGGAGAGUGGAGUGGGGGAAACUGGAGUGGGGGAGAGCAGUCCCUUUGAAGCAGCAGCAAUGGCAGAGCUCUGUGAAGGCUGGGCAGUCACGCCACUGGUGCACGGUGCGCCACCUGGCAAUGGCACAGCUGACGUGGCGUUUCCACUGGGGAACAGUUCUGCCGCGGCUGGUGCAGGAGUGCCGGUGGGACUUGGGGGGAAUGGAUUAGGGUGUGGGGAGGAGGGGGAUAAUGGGGGCGUGGGGAAUGGUUCGGGCAUGGGCAAUGGUGGGGGGAAGGGGAAUGGUGAUGGGAAUAUGGGUAAUGGUGGUGGCGGUAUUGGCAAUGCCUGGGCCGAAUGUGGUUUCUCCGAACAGCAGCAGCAGCAGCAGCAGCAGCAGGGGGAGAUGGGAGUAGCGCCAACUACACUUACGGGCAUGGGAACAGGCAUGGGAACGGACAUGGGAACGGGCAUGGGUGGUGGCGCCAGCAUCAACAUCAACGGAGGUGGGAUGGGCACAAGCAUGGGCAUGCAGACCAUGCCACGUCUACCUGAAGACGCAUUUUCAGGUGAAAGCUCAGGUCCUCCACCCAUGGUCUCUGCUGCUACCGGCCCUGCCGCCCCUGCCGCCCCUGCCGACCCUGUGUUGGGCGGUGACGAGGCGGCAGCUGCACCUGCUGGCCAAUCAGGCGUCCCUGCCACGUCAGACAGGAGUGGUGACAGCCUGGAUGAGGGGGGAGGGGCGCUGGAGGGAACUCCUGAUGGGCAAAGUUCGGGGCAGCCUUCAGGAGGGGCGGAAGAAGAGCAUUGGGCGGUGGGACGUCCCACCGCCCUCAAGCACAUUCUCCCUCCUCCUUCUCCUUCCCGUUCCUGUGUUCCUCCCACCUCUGCCAACCAUUCAGUGUGCUUGUGCCCCACCACACUGAAAAGGAUCUGCAGGCAGCACGGAAUUGCCAGGUGGCCGUCGCGCAAGAUCAACAAGGUGUCGCGGAGCAUUCAGAAGCUGCAGGACGUCAUCGAGUCCGUGCAGGUGCCAGCUGGCGCGCUGCGAUUGGACGCCAUCACGUCUGAGCUGGCGACGGCGGCGGCGGUCAAGGCAGUCACGGGGGCGCAGAUCGGAGGGUCGUCAAAUUCCCCAGCAUUUUCUAACCAAGCAUUAGCAGCGGCAGCAGCAGCAGCAGCGGCGGCAGCAGGGGGUGGGACAGGGCAACAAGCACAUGUCCCAGGAGGUUCCACCAUGCUCCCUGCUCCCUCCUUUGGCUUUAACUCCACCUCCUUCCAGUCCCUUCCCUGGCCCGGGAAUCGCCACCCCUCUAUGCUCGACCCUAUGGUUGGAGGCUCGGCGCACGGACCUGGAGUUUCGGCACACGGGCCUUUGGCCACGGGAGGUUCGGCGCACGGACCUCUUGCCAUGGCUGGAGGUUCGGCGCAUGGGCACUUUGCAGGAGGGUCGGCGCACGGCCCGUUUAUGGGCGUGGGAGGUUCGGCGCACGGAGGAAUGGCGUUUGCGGGAGGUUCGGGGCAUGGUGGGGUGGCGUUUGCGGGAGGUUCGACACACGGCGGGAACGCGUUCGCGGGAGGUUCGGCUCACGGAGGCAUGGCGUUCGCAGGAGGUUCGGCGCAUGGGGGAAAUGCGUUUGGGGGAGCAGGCGGGUCGACACAUGGCGCGUCGCUACUGGCUGCAGCAGCGGGAGCAGGAUCAAAUCACGGGCCGUUCCCAGGGGGGCCAGUGCAGGGCGGUUAUAUCCUCAUGGGUAGCUCUGCCCAUGGCCCCCACAUGGCCCAUGUUGGGGGGUCUAUGCAUGGGGCAGGGGGGUCGAUGCAUGGGGGAGGGUCAAUGCAUGGGGGGAUUAUGGCUGGUAUGCAAGCUGCUGCUGGUAUGGGUAUGGGUGGUAUGGGUGCUCCUGGCAUGGCAGCAGGCAUGCAAGCAGGGGGUUCGCAUCAUGGUGGAUAUUUCUUUGCAGGGGGAUCGGGCCAUGGGGCACAUAUGAUGAUGGGUUCGCCCCAUGGAGGGUCAUAUGCAGGCCCGGCAGCUGCUGCUGCUGCCGCCGCUGCUGCUGCAGGCAUGGCCGGACCUGGCGGGAGCGGAGGUUCGGGAGGAGGCCUGGGACCGAACCAAGCCGGUGGGUCGAUGCAUGGGGGAAUGGUGGGAAGCGCAGGCGGGAUGCGAGCGGCGAAUAAGACGCCGCCACCUGGCAAGCUGCCGAUUCCGCGUGAUCCGUCUACUUCCAAUCUGAGCCUUGCUUUGAGUCUUAAGAACGGAGCCGGGACGCAGAGAGCAAGUGGGGCUGUUGCUGGGGGGGAUGACGAGGGCACGACACAUGGCACGAGCCUAUUGGCCAGUCUGCUUCGGAGGAGUGACGAGGAAAUGGGGUUGGCUGGAGGGACGGUGACAGGGGGAAGGGGAGAGGGGGAUACGGGGGAGGGGAGGGGCGGUGGGGGACAUGAGGUGGGAGGGGGUGGGGGAGGAGGUGGUGGGGAGGGGGAGAGGGACGGGCAGCUGGGGAUGAGCCUGGGGCAGCAGAGGGAGGAGACGCGGGUGCACGGGGGGCGGUCGGCCUUUGUGGCUCUACGCAGCUACCAGCCCAUUGCAGGGGACCAAUCCAACGACCACCAGCAAGGGCAGCAGCAGCAGCAGCAGCAGGGGCAUGCAGGAGGGAGCAGGGACGGGCAGGGAGGGGGAGGGACAGCAGGGGGAGGCAGGGGGGGGUUUGAGGGGCAUGAGGGCGCGGCAGGGGGGGUAGGAGGGCGGCUGCGUGGCGGUGCGCCCUGUGCUGCUGACAUGGCUGCUCUCCGUCAUGCAGGCACGGGAGGGGCCGGGCAGAGUGGGUUUGUGGGUAGAGGGGCUGCUGGGGGUGCUGGGUCUGGGGGUACUGGUGGUGCUGGUGGCGGUGCAGUUGGUGGUGGUUCUCAUGCUCAUGCCCCAACCACGUCACUCCACCUCUGGGAGGCAGACAGGACUGUUGCUUCUGCCUCUGCUGCUGCUGCCAGCACCGGAGCAGGAGGAGCAGGAGCGGCCACAGCAGCGGGAGGAGGGAGCCAGUCAGUGGUAACGAUCAAGGCCACGUUUGGGGGGGAUACAAUCCGGUUCAGAGUGCCUUUGAAUGCCUCAACUUACCAGUUGGUGCAGGAUGAAGUGGCAAGCAGGCUGAGAGUGCCCGUAGGGGCGUUUUCGCUCAAGUAUUUGGACGAGGACGGCGAGUGGGUGGUGCUGGCCGGCCCUCAAGACAUGGACGAGUGUGUUCAUAUAGUGAGAGCGGCAGGGAGCAACACCAUAAAGCUGAACAUUAAGGCAGAAACACAGGGGCGAGGGUGA